AUGGGCUUUGACGGCCAAGUCAGCCUACAUGCAGGCAUCGUCGCUGCUGCAGGUGUAGCAGUUGUUACCAAAAAUAUCAGCGUCGGCCUCACAUCAUUUCCCGUGACAAGGGUCCGGACAUUGGCAGCUUGCAAGAUGACAAGGCAUCCCCAAUGCCGCUGCGGUAAUACUCGAUGGCAAUAUGGUGUUGCGCCGCUCGACCCAGACAAACCUCGAGUGAUGAUUAAUUGUCAUCGAUCGAUUGCUAUGUAG